AUGUCGUUAUAUAAGACCAUGCAUGGUGGGAGAAGCGGCCCCGAAAACCAUUACCGAGCCCAUUGGGAUGCGGGAAUACGAGAGGUGGAAAAAGCGGGACGUCCACGCCAUGAGGAUUCAUGUGCGAACGGCAGAAAGCGCUCAACUUUACACAAACAACAGACUAGAACAAAGAAAAAAAAUAUUAACAUUUAG